UAGACCUGACCUUGAAGUAUAGAUUUUCAAAUCUGUAUAACCAAAAUUCCAAGUUCCCAACUAACGACAUCUUGCGAAUAACUGAACUAAUUCUUGUGGCAAAAGCCACCAAAACGGUGCCGUGUACACCUCGCCUUCCUCAUUAGACUUCCAUGAACCCCAGUCCCUUGUAGCUGAUAUUCAGUAGAAAAGAAUAUAGCACAAAAUGGUGCUUAACCCCUACAAUUUCUUGCCCCAGAAGUUUCAGUUCUAAGAUACCCAGUUUUAUUUUAGUCCCUUUACUUCUCAUAUUUUGUCAAGUUAGUGCUAAUACAAAAAUGCAAGUGCCCAGGUUUCUCUUGAAUUCUAAGAAUCGCUCUAUACAGACCCUGAAUCCGUACAAAAGGUUUAUCACACCUAAGCACUUCCAUUCAUCCAGCUGCAUGAGAUCUGGUAGAAAGACUAAUGAUCAGCCUUUAUUAACUGGAUCAUCCUCAACUUCAAAAUCUUGGAACCCUUAUAUAUUACCUGGAGCUCUUUUGGGGGGAUUCGGUGGACUGGUCCUUUUUCUUCAUUAUAAUGAUGAAAGGAGAGCAAUUCCAAAAGGUCAAGGCGAGAAAUUUGAAAGAAGUGCAAUCCAAGGGCCAAUAAUUGGAGGCCCCUUCAGUUUAAUUGAUACAGACGGUCGUGUUAUAACGGAGCGCAACUUGCUGGGAAACUGGGUUCUUCUCUACUUUGGUUAUACUUCAUCUCCUGAUGUUGGUCCAGCAGAAGUCCAGAAGAUGGCUAAGGCUAUUGAUAUUCUAGGGUCAAAACAGGACCUUAAAAUUCUCCCAGUAUUUGUCACAAUUGAUCCUCAACGUGAUACGCCUUCACAACUUCGAGCUUAUCUUAAAGAGUUUGACCCAAGAAUAAUGGGAUUAACUGGACCGGUUACUGCUGUUAGACAGAUGGCACAAGAAUACCGAGUGUACUUUAAGAAGGUUGACGAAGAAGGAGAUGAUUAUCUGGUGGAAUCUUCUCACAACAUGUAUUUGGUGAAUCCAAAAAUGGAAGUAGUUAGAUGCUUCGGUGUGGAAUACAAUGGGGAGGAACUGUCGAAUGCAAUUGUCAAGGAGCUAAAGAAGGCCGAAACAUAGUGAUACUUUGGGUGAAUUUGGCAGAUUAAGUGCAUGUUGUUUCUGAGCAGCCAGACGUUCAAUUUUGGUCCAUCAUCCUGGACUUUUAUCUGAGUUUGCUGAGGUGGUCUAAUUGUCUGUCAACAAUUUAGUUGUUUAGAAAAAGUUUUAAACAGAAAUUUCUCUGAUGCUAAGAUGUCAGAUGCUGGAAAAAACUAGCAAUCCUUCAGAUAAAGCAAAUUGGUUAUGAUACAUUUUCUCUGA